GCAUGGAGACGUUGCGCAUUCUGUAACCAAAACAACAUGGCGGCAUUGUGAGCCAACAUUCCUGACUGAUCAGAUAAAUCAAUUUAUUUUUAGUUUUGAAUUAGAAUUAUCGUAAUUUUAGCCACACUGCCAAGAUUUUAAUUGUUUGAAAAGAAGUUUGGGAUAAAUUUGAAUUGUCUAGAACUCUUGGAACGAUAAUGAAGAUCCAUUACGUAUGAAAGGAAAACUAAAAUGUUAGCUGGUGCAUAUUCAAAAACCUACCAAUACUUAGAGAAACAACGCAUAGAUCAGUUAAAACAGCUGCAGACUGAUGAAGUGGGAGACGCGGUGGCCAGAGCCAAGAAGCUAUCAGUCGAGACCAACAAAAGACGGAAGGCACAGGCCACAAAGAGAAAAUUGGAGAAAGAGAGAGAAGAAAAAAGAAGACAGCAGAUCUUAAUAAAACGGAGAGAGCAACAGCAGGAGGCUACAGAGAAAUAUCAGCGAUCCCAUGUCCCUACACGGCCGCCCAGUGGCAGGCACUCCAGGGCAAGAAAAAAUGCCCCAUCUCCUAGCAGGAAUCUGGAGGAGACUUUGAGACUGGUCAGAGGAAAUUCUGGUGUACAGAGACAGAACAGUGCAGGCUCCACAGGCAGUCACACCAGUCCUCGACAGACCUACACCGAGGCCCUCAAUCGACCCUACUUCAAUAAAUACUCUCACUUCCACUCCCCCGUUAUCCAGAACGACAGGCCUAGGAUCAACAGUUCACAGGAUAAACUGCACAACAGGAGCUUGAGAAACCUGAACAGCAGCAAGAGUUUGUUUGAGCAGAAAUUGGAACAACAGCAGCAGCAGUUGAUCGAUCAGCAGAGAAGAGCUUUCAAUGAAUUUAACGAAGAAGUGCAGAAAGAGAUUGACCAUGGAGAAUAUGUUGCAGAUGACAGCGUGAGUCUGUCCAGUGCCGAUAGUUUGGACGAAUCUCAGAAUUUCACCGAAGGAGUUCCGACAAGCUUGCCACAGCAAAAUAAUCUCUUAAAGAAUGAGCAAGUGAUCAAUUCAAAAUCCUCAUUGCAGGACAAUGUUCACACACAUCAGAGUGUCCGAGACAUUUCUUUUCAUUUGAACAGUGCUUAUGGACAAAGUAACGGAGUUGAAUACCCAGACAGAAAUGAGAAAAUUGACUCCUACAAUGUAGAACAAACAUGGGUCAAUAAUAAUAAUAUUCCAUCGAAUGGAAUCCCCAGACCAGAAGUGCAAAAGACUGUGUCUCAAAACACAGAAGUUAAAAACAGACCAAAAGUUCAACUCCGUGCGUGGUCCACACCGUCCCCUGUGGAUUCCCAGCAUUCAUCUGUGUCAAACGCUCACAUGACCAACAGUAAUCCUUAUAGUUCAAGGCCAUCCAUGACAGCUGUAACCUCAACAACUGCAUAUCAGGACAGGAAUCCCCAGCGAAAUUACCCACCAAACAAUGGAGGGAGGGAGGACAGAAAUGGCACCUGGGACGGUACAGCCGGCUCCCAAAACCAGAAUGUAAAUGGUUACAGUGACUCUCAGGGUGUGAACAUGAACAAUCCACCACGGAAUGCGAGUGAUGUCAGUAGAGGGUACACUAAUGGUUACUUGUAUACCUCAGAAAAUCCCAAAAGUGCUCAAUCCAAUGGCAACAGAAUACCAGACACUGGUCCUGCCAAACCUAUGGAAUUCCUACACACUGUCACAAAUGCGCCGGAUAACGCUGACAGAUCGGUGAACCCCGACAGGGAGACAGUGGCGGCCCCUGUUCAGGAGACGAAGCCCAGUCGGGUCCCACGUCCUGUGAGUGCUGUGAGGAUCCAGAAGGUGGUCAAGUACAAUGUGAUCCCCCCUCCCUCUGCCAACGAGGACAGUCCACACCCACCGUCUGAUGCCAUAGCAGACGACAAGACGGAGGGCGGAAAAAACGGCGGCGUGCAAAGAGUGGAAAUAGUUCCCAAACAACCUCAAGUCUUCUUCAAUACCACCUCAGGGGACCGACCACAGGUCAAGCAGGUCACACAGGUCAAGUUUACAGCCAAUGUUGUGAACGGGGGUGUCAAUAUGAACAAUUAUGGUAAAAUGAAUGUGCAACCUCUUCCUAAUAAACCACUGAUAGCAGGAGUGACGGAGAAAAAAGAGCACGCUCCUCCUCCUCCUGUUGCCACGGUAACGAAGAAGGCGAAGGACGAUGCAGACCUAGUGGUGAGGAACCGCAGUGAGGCUAAGGAGGACGACUCAGGGGUCAAGGGCAUUCUGAAAAGACCCGGGUCCAAACUGAAAAAGGCGGGAUCUACUGGCAGCGUUAACAGCAUGGAUGUGAAGGACAGUAUAGAGAUAGCUCGUAUUCACAUGCAUCAUCACCACCCCAAACAGGUAAAUAUAGACUGUACUGUAUUAAAG